CAACGGGCGGGUGACUACUUCCGGUGCUGUGAGGGCUCGGGGCUGACGCUGGGUAAUUCCUCUCCUGCAAUUACUUUUGGAUGGAAAUAUGCACUUUUCCCAAUAGAAGAUGGUAAUCUCAGAGAAUGACCAUGGAGAAGGGGAUGAGUUCUGGAGAAGGGGUGCCUUCCAGAUCAUCUCAGAUUUCGACUGUUAAAAUAACAGUCAAAGAGUUGGAAACAAAGCAGUCCCAUAAGGAGAAGCGAGGGGGCUUUGUGUUGGUACAUGCAGGUGCGGGUUAUCAUUCUGAAUCCAAAGCCAAGGAAUAUAAACAUGUAUGCAAACGAGCUUGUCAGAAGGCAAUUGAAAAGCUACAGGCUGGUGCUCUUGCGACAGAUGCAGUGACUGCGGCUCUGGUGGAACUCGAGGAUUCUCCUUUUACAAAUGCAGGAAUGGGAUCUAAUCUAAAUCUCUUGGGUGAAAUUGAGUGUGAUGCCAGCAUAAUGGAUGGAAAAUCCUUAAAUUUUGGAGCUGUUGGAGCACUGAGUGGAAUCAAGAAUCCAGUCUCAGUUGCAAACAGACUCUUGUGUGAAGGGCAGAAGGGCAAGCUCUCGGCUGGCCGAAUUCCUCCCUGCUUUUUAGUUGGAGAAGGAGCCUACAGAUGGGCAGUAGAUCACGGAAUACCCUCUUGCCCUCCUAACAUCAUGACCACAAGAUUCAGUUUAGCUGCAUUUAAAAGGAACAAGAGGAAACUAGAGCUGGCAGAAAGAGUGGAAACAGAUUUCAUUCAACUAAAGAAAAGAAGACAAUCAAGUGAAAAGGAGAAUGACUCAGGCACUUUGGACACAGUGGGCGCUGUAGUGGUGGACCAUGAAGGGAACGUUGCUGCUGCUGUCUCCAGUGGAGGCUUGGCCUUGAAACAUCCAGGGAGAGUUGGACAGGCUGCUCUUUAUGGAUGUGGCUGCUGGGCUGAAAAUACUGGAGCUCAUAAUCCCUACUCUACAGCUGUGAGUACCUCAGGAUGUGGGGAGCAUCUUGUGCGCACCAUACUGGCUAGAGAAUGUUCACACGCUUUACAAGCUGAAGAUGCUCACCAAGCACUGUUGGAGACUAUGCAAAACAAGUUUAUCAGUUCACCUUUCCUGGCCAGUGAAGAUGGUGUGCUGGGAGGAGUGAUUGUUCUUCGAACUUGCAGGUGUUCUGCAGAAUCUGACUCCUCCCAAGAUAAGCAGACACUUCUAGUGGAAUUUUUGUGGAGCCACACGACAGAGAGCAUGUGUGUUGGAUAUAUGUCAGCCCAGGAUGGGAAAGCCAAGAGAGCAUCUCACAGGAUGCAGCAGGAGUUCAGCUUGGGAAAUACUUCUGUCUAGGUCUUAAUGCCUUAGCAGUUAGUUCUUUGGCAUUACAUAGGUCAGAUCAAUAAGAAGUCAGGAAGCAGAUGGUUUUGACAAGGAGAACUUUCUUCAAAGGGUUUGUUGGUGGUUUUCAUUUGUACCCCUCCCAAAUUCCUCACUGACAGAUCGACUGAUAUUCUCAGGAAAUAGUCCAUUACACAAAUACUAGUUUCACUCUUUAUAAUAGUUUAAACAUUAGUCUUUCAUUUUGUUUCAAAUACAAGAUGCUCUUUUCAAGCAAUGGUAAAAUCUGUGUUACCUGGCAGCUUACCAAGUGGAAGACUGUAACUGACAUUUUGGAUUUUUACCCAGUAUAAAUCAUCAGGAUGUUGAGACUUCCCUACCAGGUUCUCUAAGAGGCCACUGGGUUGUUUUUACCAAGGAUUUGGUGGCCCAGAGCAACCCCCUACAGAACUGCAGGUAAACCCUUUCCACUGGGCCUGCAGAACUCAGCUAGUUCCUCUCCUCUUAGCUCAGCACCUCAUGCCACCAUUAGCCCCUCAGAGAAGAAAUAUCUGAGACACCACAUUAUUUGCCUAAGGUCACACAGCUACAAAGAGGUGGAACUAAGAUUCAGGCAUGACAAUCUGAACUCGAGAACCCAGCUUCUAACCAUUUACUCGUCUGGAGAAGCCUAAGCUGAAGAUAGAUAUUUGGGAGUCUCAGCGUAUGAAUGCUUUUUUAAAACUCUAAAACCAGUUGAGAUCCUCAAGGGAGUGAAUACAGAUAGAAGAAAGGAGGCCUGAUUCCUGGGGAACUCCCACAUAUAUAAGUUGGUGACAGGAGGAGGAACCUGCAAGGGAGACUGAAAAGUUGUGGACAUAGAGUUUGAGGAGACCCAGGUGAAUAUGGUUUCCUAAAGCCAAGAGAAAAAGGUGUUCCAAGGAGAAGAGAGUGAUCCAGCCAGAUGCCAUUGCUGGGUCCUGUGUGGACAUUACAGUUAUUUCAUUCAUUCCUUUUGAGCAGUGCUAGGAAGUAGAGUGGGGGACACAGUCACACCUUCCAGAAUGAAUCUAAAACAGUAAUAAAAGGACAUGGAUUAAUUUACAUAUUGUAUUGCUGCAUUAAACACUAACUAAAUCACCAUACUACAUAAUUAAGAAGAUGCAGGAAAAUAAUGGGAAGAAAAAAAAACCAGCCCCACCCCUGAGUGAAUCCUUCUGGAAUGCUGCAAGCUACCCCCACAUUCACUGCUGUUAACAUUUUGGUAUAUUUCCUUCUGUUUUUGCAGCUGUGAUUUUUUUUUUUUUACAUACAAUUGUGAUUAUGUAGAAUACAUGAAAUCACAUAUAUUGGUUUAUUCUUUUAGGGGUGCCUGGGUGGCUCAGUGGAUUAAAGCCUCUGCCUUCGGCUCAGGUCAUGAUCUCAGGGUCCUGGGAUCAAGCCCCGCAUCGGGCUCUCUGCUCAGCGGGGAGCCUGCU